AUGCAAGGUCUUGGCCAACUCGCUUCAGCGCUGAUGGCCCUUAUUGUAGUCGCUGCAUACAAGAGCGAAUUGCAAAGUGUUCCGGAUGUAGCCUCUUGUAGUGGCGACUGCGUUUCUGCUGUUGACAAGAUGUGGAGGAUCAUCAUCGCCUUUGGGGGAGUGCCUGGCUGGUUCGCACUCUACUACCGCCUAACGAUUCCUGAGACGCCACGAUAUACUUUCGACGUUCUGUACGAUGUUGAGAAAGGUUCGAUGGAUACACGCCGCUAUCGUUAUGGCAAAGCCGGCAACACGGUUAACCCCAUUGAGCAGGCACAGGUUCGGCGCGAUAUGGCCAAAUACAAAACCCCACGUCCAACCGUUGCCGAAAUAUUCCGGUACUAUUCCAAGAAGAGUAAUUUUAUUAAACUCUUCGGAACGUCCUUCUCAUGGUUUUUCCUCGACCUGGCUUUUUAUGGGUUAAGUUUCUCGAGCGCUAGUCUGUUGAGCACCAUGGGCUUUGACAAAAGAGGAAGUCUGUACGAAAAUCUGAAGAAUACCGCAACGGGACAGAUUGUCUUGAUCUGCGCCGGUGCGAUUCCUGGAUACUGGAUGACAGUCUUCACCGUCGAUCGACUAGGGAGAAAACCAAUUCAAAUCGGCGGAUUCGCAAUUCUCACAAUCAUCUUCUGCGUACUGGGUUUCGCCUGGAAAGGCCUCACCAAGAUCCACCUUUUGGUCCUCUACGUUCUCGCGCAAUUCUUCUUCAACUUCGGGCCCAACGCCACAACAUUCAUCACCCCCGCCGAAAUCUUCCCCACACGCGUCCGCUCGACUGGCCACGGCAUCUCCGCCGGCCUGGGCAAACUCGGUGCCGUGAUCGCCCAAGUCUUCUUCGCACCGAUGAUAAAGCGCGGCGCCACGCACGACAACCCUACACCCUGGAUCCACGGAGUCAUGCAGAUCUUUGCACUCUUCAUGUUCCUCGGCUGCCUAACAAGCCUCCUCGUACCUGAGAGUAAGAGCGCAAGGUUAGAAGAUUUAGCUGGUGAGGGCGAGGAUAUAUACGAAUUGCAAUUUCGGAGUCAGUUUUAUACAGGCGGGGAGAGGAGUUCGCGGGGGAGUGCGCCCAGUGGGAGGGGAAGUGCGUUGAGUAAUGGAGGAGAUUAUGCGCGGGGAAGAGGGCGCGGAAGGGGCGCGGAAUCAGAUGAGGAUCCUGAGAAGGGAAAGUGGUGGAAACUAGGUUGA